AUGUUCCCUGACGAGCUUAAGGGACUCACGCUGGUCGAAGAGAAGCUCGUCUCGCUCAACUCCUGCUAUGGGCACGUCAAGGGCCACAUCACAGUGUUUCCCAACAACGUGCAGGAGCUGGCGACCAAGGUGCUCCGCACCCCUUUGCAAGCACUGGACGAGAUCCACGUUUCGUGGCAGGGCGUGGAGAAGCCGGCACCGAGCGACCUGUCGAGUCUCUUGUCGGUGAGGAGGCGGGUCGUCGAGAGGGCUCUUGUUUGGCUGAAGAGGAACAACCCCCACUACGCCGAGAUCGAGAUCGACGUGGCGGAGAUGGAGAGUUGGGGAGACCCGAUAGACGGGGUGCCGGCCUUGGUGUAUGAUCGCAUGGAGCGGAACGAGCCGUCCGCAUGGGAGAAAACGCGGACGGCGCACGUUGUGCCGCCCACGGAGCGCGCCAUGGACGACGAGGGGUCGGUGGAGAUCGAGGAACUCUUCGCUCUGCUCAAGCAAAGGCAGGAAACGGGAGGCGAGGCUGAAGGGCACGGGCCCAACGAAGAAGGCGCGGGUCGUGAUGGAGUUGGUGCUAGCCCCGAUCAGAACGUUCGACCAAUCAACGAGGUGACGUCUUCCGGCAUGUUUGGGCUGGACGGACCGCCAGACGUGGCGGAUGUCGAGAAGCUGCGGUUUGCCUGUGACGCUGUUGGCGCAGGUGCCGACGACGGCCGCGCGGGCCCGAGAACUGAGCCAUACAUUCGAGUCUCGCGGGGGGAUGAGUUUGCCGACUCCUUUGAGACGUCCUUCUUCGCCAGAACGUUCCCGACCCUGUUCCCAUUUGGCGUUGGGGGACCAAGGCUGGCCGAAGAGGCCAUAGCCGAGGCGGGGAAGGCCCUUACCAACUUGCGAGGCACCGGUAGAGCUGUUGAGGCAGGGGCGGCUGCGGGAGACAUCGUAUCCUCCCGAAGCUUGAACCUCCGGAUUUGGGCCGACAUCGUGCUCCGGCGCCAUGGUGGCCGGUUUGCGUUGCACCACAUAUUUGCAUUUCUCGUCUUCAACAUGGGGGUGCGGUCGAGGAACCGCCGCGUCAGCAUGCUGAGUGUGGCGAGGAAGGACUUCGGCAAGGUCGAGCGCGUUGCCCGCUCGAUGACCGCGCAAAGGUUAGCGGCGGCGAGGGUCGAGUUGGAGAGCUCGGGCAAGACGACCGAUGAGGGCUCGCUCAUCGUUGGCUACGGCGUUCCGGCCAUCUGGUUCACCAUCAACCCAAACGACAUUACGAACCCGGUGAAGCUGCGACUGGCGGCAUAUCGGACACGCGAUCCCGGCGCGGCCGAGGAGUUCCUAGAAGGCCUUGGGAGUGCGUACAAGCGGACAAGGCUGGCCAUGUCCGAUCCGAUGAGCGCCGCCGUAUUCUUCCACCGGGAGAUGAAGCUCUUCUUCGAUCAUUACGUGAAGGUCGGAGAAGACUCGAUGCUUGCCGACAUCCACGGGGAGGAUCAGGCGGCGUAUCGCGAGCGAAUCAUACGAUACGUCGAUAGUGUCUUCUCCGAGGAUCUGGAUCAGGAAGGGUUCUGCGCCGUGCAAGCGGAGCGAUCUGUGACGUCCGAUAUUUCCUCCCUGCUGGACAACACCGAGCAGUUUUCGGCCGCAUUUGACGAGGAGGCCAACUUCUGUGCCGGCGCUACACAGGUUCACACGCAUAGCCCGACCUGUGUCAAGUAUUCCUUGGGCAAAGGAGCGCGGAAAGGGAAUCUCUGUCGUUUUAAGGCUCCAUGGAGGUUGGUCGACAAGACCGCCAUCACGGCAGACGGGGUGCUGCAGAUCCGGAGGACUCACAGCAUGGUCAAUCGAUGGAACAAGGCUAUCGCUGUUGGGCUCCGGCACAACCACGACAUUUCCUUCAUUGCGACGCAGCGCAAGACCAUGGCCCUUAUGUAUUAUGUCACGAACUACGCGACGAAGGUGGAGGACCCGGUGUGGAAGCGUGUGGCGGCCGCGGCCGAUCUCCUGGCCGCCUCAACGGGUGACGGCACGGCCAACGGAGGACAGGACGACGGUGGAGGUGCUGUUGGCGAUGACGCCGCCAAGGGGAACAGGACGCGACAGUUCUUGAUGAGGGUGGCGAAUCGUGUGUUCACGGAGCGUCCGCUAUCUCAGGUCGAGGUCAUCGCUCAUCUUCUGGGAUAUCCAGCCGAGUUCACCAACAGCAGCGCCUGGGCGUACCUGAACACAUCUCUGCUGUACUGGGAAGUCUUUCGACGGUGGCCGUAUCUCCGACGAGCAAGUGGCGCGGCGGCCAUAGAUGAUACUCUGAAUGAGUCGGUGCUCAGGCGGCCGGGCAAGCAUGCUACCGUCUGCCUCGAUGGCUACCUGAGCAAGGACUUCGGCCACAACGACGACGAGGAGUCGUGCCACCGGAGGGCAGCCGUGCAGCAUCUUGCGCUAUUUGUGCCGUGGGAGUCCUUUCUGUGCGAAGAAACAGGUGAGAUCAAUGGCAUCUGGGAGCGGGCGCGAGAGGCGCUGGCCCCGAGAAUAUCAUGUCUCGUCGACAACGUGCAGCUGCUUCGACGAUCAGCCGAAGACGCAAAGCGCGACGCCAAGCAAUGGGCGGCCUCAUCCGGCGAUGGCGAUUCCACGGUCGCCCACGUCGAGGAGGGCGAGACAGGCGAGGCGGGCGCAGAAUUUGCAGCGACGUAUCGGUCCAACAACAUCGGAGACGCAACGCGCCUGAUCGACGUCGUCCGAGGCGCAGUGGGCACGAAUCAGGUGACGGCCAAGUCGCCGGAGCUCAUGGCAAUGAUGCGGCAGCUCUGUCGAUUCCAGCAAUCGGCGCUCUGCUCAACGGCCGAGCUCGAGGCCAUCGCGAUUCCCGAACAAGGGUUGAGGUGCAUAAGCAUGCCAGGGCGGGUAUUUUCCGGGGCCGCACUACCGCCGCAGGAUCAGGUCAAGGCUAUCAAGUCGCAGCAGAUAACGAUCGCCGAGCUGCGUUGCGGAGGUGAUGACCGGCUUCGGGAGGACGACGUCGAAAUGACGACAGCCGACUCCGACGAGACGGCUAGCGACGCAGAAGCGGGAAUGCGCGUCCAGUUUGGCCCAUCGACCUCCUUCUUCGCGGCGGGCAAGGAGUUGUCAACACGGCUAACGCUGAACAAGAGGCAGUCGAUCGCUUUCCUAAUAAUAUGCCGCCAGCUCGAUUUGAUGCGACAAACGAAUAGGGGCGAUGCCGGCCAGCUCUGCCAGUUCGUCGGCGGCGAGGGGGGCACCGGCAAGUCGCGGAUCAUUGGGGCACUCGUCGAGCUGUUCAGUGGGAAGAGCCUUUCGAAUCGUCUGCUGAUCACGGCGACGUCAGGGACUGCCGCGGCGCAGAUCAACGGCAUCACGAUCCACUCCGCCUGCGGGUUCACUAAAGACCAAGGGGCGGGCGGCGCGAACACAGCCAAGGACCUUGACGGGGUGCGGCUGACAAAACGGGCGGAGCGGUUCAUCCACGGCCAGUCUCGGAUGGACUGGCAGGAGAACGGACUCGUUGUCAUCGCCGAGGUGGGCAUGGGUGUGCAGGACCGCACGGAUCUGGACCUCCUCAACUCAAGGUGCUACCGCGAGGGCAGGCGGAUCCCUUGGGAGACUGGCAUCACCGUGGUGACGCCGCUGAACAGGAAUCGGUGGAACCUAAACAUGGAGGCAAGCUUGGCGUUCCGGGUCCAGCAGCGGUCGACGAUGCGCAUCUUCAUCUCCGAGCACAAGUGGAAGGAGGGCCUGCCGACCGAGGAAGAAGCGAUCAUGGUACUCAAUCAAGGCGACGAUAGCGCGAUCCCCGUGCCGGCCGUCUUCAUGUUCGUGGCCGGGAUGCCGGUCGUCGUGAACCACAACACCCAUCAGGGGCUGAAGCUGGUGAACGGCGCCGGCUACUCGGCGGUGGAGGUCAUUGUCGACAAGGCGUCCCCAGGGCAUCGAAUCUCGUCCGACAUGACGAUCCACUUCGGGCCGCCGGCGGGGAUAUUACUGGAAUCGGCGACGACAAAGGACCUCCACUUCAACGACGUCAGCCGGAAGGGAUUGCCGUGCGCAGCAGCCUUCGCCUGCACGGACUACAAGGUGCAGGGCAGAACGCUAGAGCGCGUGGCCCUGGAGCUGCGGGGGACACGGACGACGAAAGUCGAUGGAAGGGCCGUGCCCUCGCAAUGCGACCCGUACAGCUUAUAUGUGCAGCUAUCGCGCUGUCGAACGCUAGACGGCAUCACGCUCGUGUCCAAGGUGCGGGAGAGAGACUUGGUGGGCAACCGAGUCCCCGAAGAGAUGACCGCCGCGCAGGCCAGGCUGGAGGUGCUAAGCGAGAGGACUGUCGAGGAAGCUUUGCGUCGGUCGGAUGGCGACGCUGAAGAGUCAAGGAGAGUUGUCAGGGUGAGGUGA